AAAGCAGCAAGAAGAAAAGUCACACUUUCCUAAUUCCUUCCUUCUUGCUCAGUCACCCUGUCUGAAUUCUUCAACCCUCCCUAUAUAUACUUCAACUUUUCAUUCUACAACUUAACUGCAAAUCAAUCUCUUUUUCAAUUUUUACUUCCCUCAAACAAAGAUUUAUACCUUCACUACAUCAAGGGUUUAUCGAUGUGCUUAGGUUCAACUUCAACGAGUAAUUUUUGCCCCUUUGAUACGGACACGGAUUCCGGGUUUGGAAGCGAAAUUUCGCAUAGAAGAUGCUCAAAACUGCUCGAAUUGGCCGCCGCAGAUGAUUUAGCUGGUUUCAUCCGUGAAAUUGAGGAAAGAGGUGUUGAUGUAAACGCGAGCCGGUUUUGGUAUGGCAGUAGCUUAUCCUCGAAGAGAUCGGGGUUUAUGGAGAGAACUCCAAUCAUGAUUGCUUCUCUCUACGGCAGCACAAAUGUUCUCAACUACUUAAUCGAAACUUGCAAGGUCGAUGUCAACAAAUCGUGCGGCUCCGACGCCGCCACCGCGCUGCACUGCGCCGCCGCCGCAGGCGCCUGGUCCUCCAUCGAGAUCCUGAUCUCCGCCUCCGCCGACAUCAACGCCGUUGACGCCAGCGGGAAGAAACCCGGCGAAUUGAUCGCGCCGUGUGUGAAAUCAUCGAUCGGAUCGAAGAGGAGGCUGCUGGAUCUGGCGCUGAACAGCGAGGAGGCGCCGGAGAAGAAGGAGUCGUUGCCGGAUAUAAACAGCGGCGUGUACGGCAGCGACGAAUUCAGGACGUAUGAUUUCAAGGUGAGGCCGUGCGCUAGGGCGUACUCGCACGACUGGACGGAGUGCCCCUUCGUCCACCCCGGCGAGAGCGCCCGGCGCCGCGAUCCGAGGAAAUACGGUUACACGUGCGUGCCGUGCCCCGAGUUCAGGAAGGGCGGCACGUGCGAGUACGCGAAUGGGGUGUUCGAGUCGUGGCUGCACCCGGCGCAGUACAGGACUCGGCUCUGCAAGGACGAGAUCGGCUGCGCGAGGAAGGUCUGCUUCUUCGCGCACAAGCCGGAGGACCUGCGCCCGCUCUACGCUAUGCCUUCUCCAAACUCUUUGGCUUCGCUCACCCCGUUGUCUCUCGGGCAAUUGAAAUUGAAGCCGUUGAAUCUGGAUGAAUUUUUCGGAUCUGUCGAUCCAUCGAUGAUGUCGCUAUCGCCGAAGGUUAACGGCUUGAGCCAUAUGCGCGCUAGCUACCCAUCAAACAACCAGGCUUCUGGCUACGGCUUUGACUCGGCGAUCAUGAAUUCAAGGGCGAGCGCGUUCUCGAAGCGGAGCCAGAGCUUCGGGUAUUCGAGAGGCUUGAUGGCGGCGUCGAAUUGGGAUGGGAAGGUGGACUGGGGGUUCAAUGGCGAAGACGUGAGCAAGUUGAGGAAGUCGGCUUCGUUCAGUAUUCGCAGCGCUGCAGCCGUGAGUCCGAGCGGGAGUGUUCCGCUGCGGCGCGGGGUACAUGAAGUGAUGCCGCUGUGGGUGGAUCAGAUGUAUGUGGAGCAGGAGUAGAUGGUGGUUUGAGCAGUGUGUGUGUGUGUGUGUUAUUCAAUGAUAUUCUUAGAGAAUUCCUAUUGCUUAGAUUGUGUAGAGUCCAGAAUAACAUAACAUGAGCACAAUAUCUUGAUCUUCAUCCCCGUUAGUACUCCCUCUGUCUCUCAAGAAUAUGCAUUCUUUCCUUUUUAGUCCGUCCCACAAAAAUAUGCACAGUCUACUUUUUGAAAGUCUUUUAUCGUUAAUGAGGUGAAAUUCAUUCUCCACUAAUAAUAUUUUAUUUACUUCUUCUCUCUA